AUGGGGUCGAUAGCAAAACCAGAGAUCCCUUCUGUAGAUGUGCUGAUUGUCGGUGCUGGCUUUGGAGCCUUCACCCUCCUGAACAAACUUCGGAAACAGGGACUCAGUGUCAAGAUCUAUGAACGAGGACCCGCUGCUGGAGGCAUCUGGUUUUGGAACUGCUACCCUGGAGCUCGCGUCGACUCCGAGUCGCCGAUUUAUCAAUUGUUUGACAGGGAUUUGUACGAAGACUUUACCUUCAAAGAGCGGUACUCCAGCUGGCCAGACUUGAGACGCUACUUCAAAUAUAUCGAGAAAAAAUGGAACACGGAAGAGUACAUCGAAUACAACAGGAACGUCGAGACCGCCAUCUUCGAUGAGCAGAGACACCAGUGGCACAUCGAGUGCUCAGAUGGCACAGAGAUCUACGCGCAAUGGUUCAUGCCAUGCGUUGGGUUCGCAUCGAAGCACUACAAGCCACCUUUCCCCGGUCUGCAGAAUUUCAAGGGACCUCAGUAUCAUACCGCCUUUUGGCCUCAACACGGCGUGAAUUUGAAAGGCAAACGCGUCGCCUUGAUCGGGACCGGGGCUUCGGGCAUCCAAGUUGCCCAGGAGAUUGGAGAUGUUGUCAAGCACCUGACUAUUUUCCAACGCACGCCCAAUCUUUGCCUCCCCAUGAAACAAUGGGAACUCGACCCUGAGGUGGAACGAAAGAAGAAAGCCGAUGGCGAGUACGAGCGAAUCUUUGACCUCUGUCGGAAAUCCUUCACCGGAUUUCACUACACUUUCAGCGACAAGAACACGUUUGACGACACUCCGGAAGAGCGGGAGAAAUUCUACAAGUCUCUGUGGGAUGAGGCUGGCUUUGUGCCCUUGCUAAAAAACUACAAGGACAUGCUCUUUGACCAAAAGGCCAACGACGAAGCUUACAAGUAUUGGCGCUCUACCGUACUCAAGCGCGUGAAAAACCCCGAGAAACAGCGACUCCUGGCGCCCGAAAAGCCGCCUCACCCGUUUGGCACCAAGCGAAACAGCCUUGAACAGAGAUUCUACGAGGUCGUCGACCAGGACCAUAUUGACAUUGUGGACGUGAAGGAGAAUCCGGUCCUGGAAGUCACAGAAACCGGUAUCAGGACGCCAAAGGGACACGUGGAAUAUGAUGUCAUCAUCCUCGCCACAGGUUUCGACAGUGUCACGGGCUCUCUUGCACAGAUGGACAUUCACUCGACAAACGGCGGCACCGUCGCUGAUCACUGGAAAGACGGCCUCCGCACGGCCAUGGGCAUCGCGCUCGCUGGGUUCCCCAACAUGUUUUUCCUAUACGGACCGCAGUCGCCCACGGCGUUUGCAAACGGACCGAGUAAUAACCAGUUCCAGGCCGAAUGGGUGGACAAGGUCCUUACGAUGUGUCGCGAAGAGGGCAUCACGAGAAUAGAGGCCACACGGGAGGCUGAGGAUGAGUGGAGCAAAAAAGCCAACGAACUCUGGUACAAGACGCUCUACCCCAAAGCCAACGGGUGGUACAACGGGGCCAACAUCCCCGGCAAGCGCGUUGAGCCCAUGAACUGGAUUGGGGGGAUGGUGCCCUACGUGGCCGCGCUGCACAACAGUCUGGAGAACGGGUAUCAAGGGUGGCGUGUGAGCAAGCUGAACGAGCAGAAGAAGGACAGCGCGGCGGUCAAGGGAGAGGAGGUCACAGCUACGGUCGAACAUGUCGAGGGGGACGAGGUUCCUGCUGCUGCGGUGGCAGGUUGA